CCUCUUAUCUACCCACUUGUUUAAUUAUUGCAUCUUAAUCUUCCAAUUAUAUAAAUCAAUCAAUCUCCAUCAACUUUCCUUCAACUCCACUCUCUUUUCCCUAUGGCUUCUAAUUCAUGCACCAAUUUCUAUAACUUCCUUACUCAAGAACUCAAUGAGCUUCACCAAUCCUUCUACUCACAUAAUAAUAACUUCAUGUCAAUCCAAUUCAUUUCAAAUGUGCUCUCAUCUCUACAAUCUUUCCAUUCCCAAUUGACCCUUUUGGUACAAAACCUUAGUUUGCCAGUUGGAGGAAAAUGGUUGGAUGAAUACAUGGAUGAAAGUUCAAGGCUUUGGGAUAUUUGUCAUGUGCUCAAAUCUUCUAUUUCUGGAAUAGAGAACUAUUCUUCAUCUGGCUCUAAUAUAGCUACUUCAUUAGAUGGUUACCAUCAUUUGAAUCCAGAGCUUUCACAUCAGGUUAUUAGAACAAUAAAUAUUAGUCAAAGGGAGAUUCUAGGAUUGGAAGAGGAAAAUAAAAGUCUAAUGGAAACAAGAAUUCAUUCAUUAUCUCAAUGUCUAAAUCAAAACAUCUCUUUAGAAUCAAAGUUAAACGAAUUCAAUGGCUUUCGAGGCGUUCUUUAUGCAAUGAAAAGAGUUAGUUCAUUACUACUAAUGAUUUUGCUAAGUGGAGUUACAUAUUGUUGGUCUUCCUCAUGCUUUGAUCAUCAAGGAUAUGAAGGAAACAUUGCUUUUGGAUCAAGUUUUACGGUUUCAAUGGCAAGAUUGCAACAGAAAGUUGGAAAGGAGAUAGAAAAGAUUAAUGGGCUGCCAGGGAUUUUGUUCCUUGAAUUCCAACAAGCAAAGAUUGCUAUGGAGGAAUUGAAGGUGGUGUUGGAGAGAACAAUAGUUUAUGAAACACAGUAUGAGAUACAAGUAAAAGUUGAGAACUUUAAAAGUUGCUUUGAAUUGUUGAAAUGUGGUGUUGAGAAUCUAACAGGGAAAGUUGAUGAUUUGUUUGAUGAAAUUGUAGAAGGAAGAAAGAAGAUUUUGGAUAUGUGCAGUCAUAAAUAAGUAGCUAUGUAACAUUUUGUUUUCCAUGCUAAACUCAGCUAUGUUAUGUUAUUGUUGGUUAAUUGUACCAUAUAUCAAAGAGGAAAAAUAGUUGAUAGGAAAAGGAAAAAGAAAAAAAUAUGUUGAAAAAUGAUAUGUGAAAUGUAAAAAAAAAAUGUUUGUGUCAAACAAAGACUAUGAUGUUUGAAUUUAAAACCUCGUGUAUAUAUAUGCUACUUAAA